AUGGCGAGCACCACGGAACGCAGGGCUUCUUCUGUUCGGGACUUUCGAGAGGGGCAAGGUGACGAAUCGCACUUUCAACGAUUGAAUGAGAGCUGGCUGUUCGCCAACGGCUGGGGAAUCGAGGCCAAAGAUGCGAAGAUUUUCGAGCAGGCCGUCGAGCUCAUUCUUCGGCCGGGAGGGCGCAUCUUCUUCAUCGAGGAGGAGGCGUCCGUUGAACAGGGAGCAGGCGCAGGCGUGAAGGAAGAGCUGGAGGCCAAGGGUUCGAACGACAAGCCAUCUGCACCCGUCGGUUGCUGCGCACUACUCAAACUGGACGAUUACGAGGGCAAGCCAACGAUGGAGCUUAUCAAGCUGGGCGUGGACCCAUCGGCGCAGGGACGAGGCUACGGUCGUAAACUGAUCGAGCACGCAAUCGCUCAAGCGCGGGAGAUGGGCGUCAAGCGACUCUACCUCGAAUCAAACAAGGUCUUGACCCCAGCGCUCAAGCUCUACUUGUCGGUGGGAUUCGUCCACCUUCCACCCGAGCGUGUCCCGACUUCCGACUACGCUCGUGCUGAUGUGUUCAUGGAGAUGGACUUGUGA